AUGGUUAAAUUAAGGCCAUUUUGUAUUACCAAAGAUAUUGACCUAACUAAAGACACCGACCCAACCAAAGAUCCUGAUCCAACCAAAGAUGAUCCGCCACCACCGGAUGAUGAGGAAGAAUGA